CCCCUCUUCUUCACCUUCCCCUCUUCGGUCUCUCUGCAUUCGGAUCUCUCUCGGGCAUUCACCUUUACUAGAUCUCUUUGCACUGUUACUCUCCAAUCCUUCACUGAGCUCGCCCCGUUCAAGAACUCAUCCGUCGUCUUGUCGAUCGCCCCGCCCUAAGUUGUAGACGUCAUACAUCUGUGCGCCUCUACGAUCUGACAAUUCCUCUCCCGACGAGGCUGGCCGACUAUCACCCACCAGAUCUUCCCUGGACAAUCUCCGAUCAACGAAGCUGUCACUUUCGCCUCGAAGAGGCGCUCUGCCCACCAUGUUCGCCGGCAAGCGCCUGAGCAAGGAGCUCUUAAAGAUGAAAGACCACCUUCCGCCCGGGAUCACAAUCGUCAAGUCCGAAAACCUCGAGGAAUGGCAAAUGGACAUUAAAGUCCUCGAUUCCAACCCGCUUUACCAGAAUGAGACCUACCGGCUCAAAUUCACCUUUAGCAACAAAUACCCUAUCGAACCUCCCGAAGUCCAAUUCAUCGAAUGCCCACCCACCUCCGACCACCCCCGUCCGAUCCCCAUCCACCCGCACAUCUACAGCAACGGCAUAAUAUGUCUCGAUCUCCUCAGCUCGGCAGGCUGGUCGCCCGUGCAGACGGUCGAGAGCGUCUGCAUGAGUAUUCAGAGCAUGUUGACGGCCAAUUCGCGCAAUGAGCGGCCUCCCGGUGAUAGUGAAUUUGUGUCGUAUAAUCGGAGGAGACCGAGGGAUAUCAAUUUCCAUUACGACGAUGAUAAUGUAUAGUUUUACUCGUGGAGGGGGGUGCUUCUAAUAUUUAUUUGAAAUUGGUCGUGGUGAUGGUUGCAUUAAUAUUGGCGCGUGAUCCUUUUUCUUAUUUUCUUUCUCAUCUUACAUAUUACUCAAAGUUCUUCUUUUGUCUCACUUUCUACUUGCUUGCUUGCUUGCUUGAUUCUUAUCAAGGUUACGGAGUUCACUGGAAUCCGGACGGAGCGUUGGUAUUAUGCAUUUCAUGCGUUUACGCAUGGGU